CCUUUUGUGUAAUGCUUACCGGUUUCGUGUAAGCAAAGAAGCCGAAAAUCACUCUGGGCCCUCUGGCCUGUGUUGCCGGGGUCGGUCCCCUCUAGUUGUGGCGAGAAAGAGGAAAGAAGCUGGAUAAAGUUGUACAUUACAGUACUGACCAAAAGAUAAUACUGGAGGAGAGACAAGCAGUUAUUUUGGUGUUACCGCUUCAGAAAAUCUUCUUUCUCAGGUGGCACAGUAAUAUUAAAGUGAAGAAGUUGCAAUGGGGAAUCAACUGGCUGGCAUUGCCCCCUCUCAGAUACUUUCUGUUGACAGUUAUUUUUCAGACAUCCAUGAUUUUGAAUAUGACAAAAGGUUGGGCAGCACUCGUUUUUUUAAAGUUGCGCGAGCUAAGCAUCGAGAAGGCUUAGUGGUUGUCAAGGUGUUUGCCAUUCAGGAUCCAACCUUACCAUUAACUAGUUAUAAGCAGGAGUUGGAGGAACUGAAAAUACGGUUGCAUUCUGCACAAAAUUGUCUCCCUUUUCAGAAAGCCACAUUAUCUGAAAAAGCAGCCAUGUUGUUCAGACAGUAUGUGAGAGAUAAUCUUUAUGAUCGAAUUAGUACCCGGCCAUUCCUAAACAACAUUGAAAAGAGAUGGAUUGCUUUCCAGAUCUUGACUGCAGUAGAUCAAGCACACAGGUCUGGAGUCCGGCAUGGAGAUAUCAAAACUGAAAAUGUAAUGGUGACUAGCUGGAACUGGGUCCUUUUAACAGAUUUUGCAAGCUUUAAACCAACCUACCUCCCUGAAGACAAUCCUGCUGAUUUCAAUUACUUUUUUGAUACUUCAAGAAGGAGAACAUGUUACAUUGCUCCAGAGCGUUUUGUUGAUGGCAGUAUGUUUGCCACAGAAUUGGAGAAUAUACGAGAUCCUUCCACUCCCUUGGUUGAUUUAGUCAACAGUAAUCAACGCAGCAGAGGGGAAUUGAGACGUGCAAUGGAUAUAUUUUCUGCAGGUUGUGUAAUAGCCGAGCUGUUUACAGAAGGUGUACCUCUCUUUGAUUUGUCACAGCUUUUGGCAUAUAGAAAUGGUCUCUUUUCUCCUGAACAGGUCUUAAGUAAAAUUGAAGAUCGAAGUAUUAGAGAAUUGGUUAUUCAAAUGAUCCAGUGUGAGCCCGAAAAGCGUUUAGCAGCAGAAGAUUACUUGAAACAACAACGUAACAAUGCAUUUCCUGAAAUAUUCUACACUUUCCUUCAGCCAUAUAUGGCACAAUUUGCCAAGGAAACCUUUGUAUCUGCUGAUGAGCGCAUCCUUGUUAUCCGUAAAGACCUCGACAAUAUAAUCCACAAUCUCUGUGGGCAUGAUCAAACAGAAAAGGCUGAGGGAGCGACAAAGGAAAACGGAUUAGUCAUCUUGGUUUCGGUAAUAACUUCGUGCCUGCAGACCUUGAAAUACUGUGAUUCAAAAUUGGCUGCCUUGGAGUUGAUUCUUCAGUUGACACCUAAGUUAAGUGUAGAAAUCCUACUGGAUCGUAUCACCCCUUAUCUCUUGCAUUUCAGCAAUGACUCUGUGCCCAGAGUAAGGGCAGAAGCUGUUAGGACACUCACUAAAGUUCUGACUUUAGUUAAAGAAGUUCCACGGAAUGAUACCAAUAUCUAUCCAGAGUACAUCUUGCCAGGUAUUGCUCACCUGGCCCAAGAUGAAGCAACUAUUGUCAGACUAGCUUAUGCUGAGAACAUAGCAUUGUUGGCUGAAACGGCUCUGAGAUUUUUGGACCUAGUUCAAUUGAAAACUCUGAACAUGGAAAAUGAACCAAACAGUGAAGAAAUAGAUGAUACAACACAUCCUAGUGAAAAUUAUGAUACUGAGCUUCAGGCCUUGCAUGAAAUGGUUCAGCAAAAAGUGGUCACUUUAUUAAGUGAUCCAGAAAAUAUUGUUAAACAGACUUUAAUGGAGAAUGGGAUAACUCGUCUUUGUGUUUUUUUUGGACGACAAAAAGCCAAUGAUGUACUUCUUUCCCAUAUGAUCACUUUUCUUAAUGAUAAGAAUGACUGGCAUUUACGGGGAGCAUUUUUUGACAGCAUUGUGGGUGUGGCUGCUUAUGUUGGCUGGCAAAGCUCUUCCAUUCUAAAGCCUUUGCUUCAGCAAGGACUGAGUGAUGUUGAAGAAUUUGUAAUAUAUAAAGCUCUCAAUGCCCUUACCUGUAUGUGCCAAUUAGGGCUUCUGCAGAAACCUCAUAUAUAUGAGUUUGUGUGUGAUAUUGCUCCUUUUUUGUGCCAUCCUAAUCUCUGGAUACGUUAUGGAGCAGUAGGAUUUAUCACUGUUGUAGCACAGCAUUUGAAUAUUGCUGAUGUUUAUUGCAAACUAAUGCCUUACUUGCACUCCUUCAUCACCCAGCCAAUAAUACAGAUAGAUAAAGAAAUUGUUCUCCUGAGUGUUCUCAAGGAACCUGUAAGCCGUUCUAUAUUUGAUUAUGCUCUAAGGUCUAAGGAUAUAGGAAGCCUUUUCAGAACACUACAGCUUCGUCAGAAAAAAAGAAGUGGGAUCCUUUCUGACUAUCCACCUCCUGAAGAUCCUACAAUUGCACAACUGCUAAAGAAGCUACUUUCUCAAGGGAUGACUGAGGAAGAAGAAGGCAAGCUGCUAGCCUUACGAGACUUCAUGUUAAAGUCCAAUAAAGCCAAGGCCAAUGUAGUGGAUCAGAGUCACCUUCAUGACAGCAUUCAAAAAGGUGUAAUCGACUUGGCAGCUUGGGGAAUAAUUGGGAGACAAAUUGAUCUAAUUAAAACUAAGCAGGAAGCUGAUGAUAAACGUGCUAGAAAACAUGUAAAACAAGAUUCAAAUGUAAAUGAAGAAUGGAAGAGUAUGUUUGGCUCUUUGGAACCUUCUAGCAUACAGCAACCCCUUAGCAAAGGCUAUGUCCAAACCUCAGACCAGGAAGCUAUCCAAAUUGGAAAACCUCUUCGAUCAGAAUCCUCCGCUGGCAUUUGUGUGCCUUUAUCAUCAUCUCCACAGGCAGCAGAUGGACAAGCUAUCCAAGUCAGAAAACCAAUUAUACAAGUUAUAAGCAGUGUAAUUUCCCCUUCUACAUACCAACUGCGCAUUACUACUUGUAAAACUGAACUUCAACAGCUAAUACAGCAGAAGCGUGAACAAUGCAAUGCAGAAAGAAUAGCAAAACAGAUGAUGGAGAAUGCAGAAUGGGAGACAAAGCCACCACCCCCAGGUUGGCAUCCCAAAGGGCUUCUGGUUGCUCAUCUGCAUGAGCACAAGUCUGCAGUGAAUCGUAUUAGAGUCUCUGAUGAACAUUCAAUUUUUGCUACGUGCUCAAAUGAUGGAACAGUGAAAAUUUGGGACAGUCAUAAAAUGGAAGGCAAAACAACAACCACUAGAUCAAUUUUAACAUAUUCUCGGAUUGGGGGACGUGUGACAACGCUUACUUUUUGCCAGGGUUCUCACUAUUUGGCUAUAGCUUCAGAUAACGGGUCCAUCCAACUUUUUGGGAUUGAAGCUUCAAAACUCCCCAAAUCACCUAAGAUUCAUCCAAUACAAAACAGGUUUUUAGAUCAAAAAGAUGAUGGCUGUGUGGUAGACAUGCAUCAUUUCAAUUCAGGAUCCCAGUCUGUGCUGGCAUAUGCCACUGUGAAUGGUUCCUUAGUAGGAUGGGAUCUGAGGUCCUGUAAUAAUGCUUGGACAUUAAAACAUGAUUUACGCUUGGGGCUUAUAACCUCAUUUGCUGUUGAUAUACAUCAGUGCUGGCUCUGCAUUGGUACAAGCAGUGGAACCAUGGCAUGUUGGGAUAUGAGAUUCCAGUUACCAAUUUCCAGCCAUUCCCAUCCUUCUAGAGCACGGAUCAGACGGCUACUUAUGCAUCCCCUUUCCCAGUCAUGGGUGAUUGCAGCUGUUCAAGGCAAUAAUGAAGUCUCCAUGUGGGAUAUGGAAACAGGUGAUCGACGCUUCACAUUGUGGGCUAGCAGUGCUCCUCCUCUUUCAGAAUUACAGCCUUCAUCUCAUAGUGUUCAUGGAAUAUACUGUAGUCCAGCAGAUGGAAAUCCUAUAUUAUUGACUGCUGGUUCAGAUAUGAAGAUAAGAUUCUGGGACUUAGCUUACCCUGAGAGAUCAUACAUUGUUGCUGGAAGUUCUAGCUCUCCAUCAGUAUCCUAUUAUAGAAAGAUAAUUGAAGGCACAGAAGUUGUUCAGGAAAUUCAAAACAAGCAUAGGAUGGGACCUACGGACGAAACUCCUAGAAGAGGUCCUGAAUCUUUACCAGUUGGGCACCAUGACAUCAUCACAGACGUUGCCACUUUCCAGACAACACAAGGAUUUAUAGUUACUGCAUCGCGAGAUGGUAUUGUCAAAGUGUGGAAGUAAAUUUUAUGCUGAUUUAAUGUAUGUAAAUAAUUAUAAUAAAGAAUUAGCAUAGGAUUAGUUUUCCUUGAAUAAUUGUUUCUAUAGCACAGGGGACAAUGGUGCUCAUGAAAGUAACUAGUGGCUCUCUUGUCAACAGUGAUCACUAAUACUAGUGGCCCUUUUGGAACCUGCCAUUAUAUUUACAUAAAACGAUGUAUGUAGCAUUUUCUCAAACUGCCAAGCAAAAGAAAUUGAAGUGAAGAAAUUGUAUUUAAUUUCUAACCAUGCUAUUCUUUGAAAGACUUUAGAAAUUGUUUAUAAACAUGAAAAAAUGCAUUAAGCUGCAUCAACAAUAUUUAUGUAAGCUGACUUUUUUACAGGCCAGGUGAGAGAGUGAUAACACAAAAUAAUUGCACUUUUGUUUCUGUAUAUUCAAACUCUGUAUGCGUAAUGUUGAAAAUAAAGACUUC